AUGUUCCGCUGCCUCGUCUCCCUGCUCUCCGGUCUCGCCAGUCUGGCACUGGCGCAACAGACCAGCUUCAAGCCGGAGACGGGACAACGAAGCCUCUGGAUUCCUUUCAAGACGAUUUCCGGCACGCCCGUUGCUUCUAUUGCUCAUAACGUGAGUAGUGGCGAUUUGAAAGGGAGCGUGCUACAUUUGAAACACACAUGCUAAUCCAGUGGACCGGGAAAAAAAAAAAGAAUACCGCCACUACCGUGUAUGUGCUCGCAUGCCCGACAUCCGAGCCACAAUGCGCCAUUUCGCCCAACCUCACGCUGACCGAGGGCAUCUCGACGGCCGAAUACACCACGACCAAUAGUGCUGGGUGAGCAAGCUAUACUUCUCCCUUUCCCUCCCUCCCUCCCUCCCGACAGAGCUGAGAAGCUGAGUUUUUCGGAAUCCCAGAAUGGCAGUGUUGGGCUGCUCACUAGCCGGGUCCACUUCUGCCGUCUGUUCACAGGUCGCUUCCGGGGAAGGGAUGGUCGAGAGGGGUACGACCAGUACGUUGGCACCCAGCCAGAUUGUGUACCAGGCCGUCAACGUUACGGCUACCGCGUAAGUCGUCCUUUUCCCGUCACUAGCGAUGGAGCUGUAGGGCUGAUAUCAUAUCAUAUCUUGGGGCGACAGCACUGCCGGCACCACUGCUGCUUCGUCAAGUACGUCGAGCGCUGCGGCUGCAGUCUCCACUCGUGGUCUCUGGUGCAUGGGUGGUGCGUUGGGUGCUGGUCUGGUGCUUCUCAUUGCACUUUAG